AUGUACUUCUGCACGGACCAGCUGGGCCUGGAGCAGGACUUUGAGCAGAAACAAAUGCCCGAGGGCAAGCUGCAGAUAGAUGGCUUCCUUCUGUGCGUAGAUGUGAGCCGCGGGAUGAACAGGAACUUCGACGACCAGCUAAAGUUUGUCUCCAACUUGUACACCCAGCUGGCCAAGACCAAGAAGCCCAUUGUGCUGGUCCUCACGAAGUGCGACGAAGGCGUGGAACGCUACAUCCGCGACGCUCACGCCUUUGCACUCAAUAAAAAGAACUUGCAGGUGGUGGAGACUUCCGCCCGAUCAAACGUCAACGUGGACUUGGCUUACACGGCUCUCAUCCAGCUCAUUGACAAAAGCCGCGGCAAGUCCAAGAUCAUUCCGUACUUCGAGGCUUUAAAGCAGCAGAGCCAGCAGAUCGCCGCGGCAAAGGACAAAUACGAAUGGCUUGUGGGCCGGGUGGUGAAAUCUCACAACGAGACUUGGCUCAGUGUUAGUCGGCGCAUGCAGAGCAGCAACGAAUAUCAGGAUUAUGUGUACCUGGAGGGCACGGAUAAAGCCAAGAAACUGUUCCAGCAGCACAUCCAACGGCUCCGGCAGGACCACAUCGAGCGCCGUCGCAAGGUCUACUUAUCUGUUCUACCACGUGCUUUAGAUACCCUCGUGCCUGACCUGGACGAAAUAGACCACCUUAGCUGGCCCAAAGUAGCCAGCUUGCUGGAGACAAAGCCUGCCUUCUCCCAGUGGUUUGUGGUCCUUGAGGACAUCCCUUGGGACCUUACAAGCCACAUAGAUAACAUGGAAGAUGACCGUAUACCUUAUGAUAUGUUGGAGACUCCGCCUGCCGCAGAGGUGUAUUACACACAUCUGGAGAAACUGAGGAACGCUAGAAAGAAGGAAGAAAUGAAAAAAGCCUUCAAAGAAAACUUGUGUUUAUCUCCGUUUAUCACGCCAGGCAAACCCUGGGAGGAGGCCCGAAGCUUCAUUAUGAGCGAGGAGUUCUAUCAGUGGCUGGAGGAGCCGGUAUACAUGGACAUUUAUAGCAAGCACCAGAAGGAGAUCAUCGACAAAGCCAAGGAAGAGUUCCAGGAAUUAUUGCUAGAAUAUUCCGAGUUGUUUUACGAAUUAGAGUUAGAUGCCAAACCAAGCAAAGAGAAAAUGGGGGUGAUCCAGGACGUGCUAGGAGAAGAACAGAGGUUCAAAGCCCUGCAAAAACUGCAAGCCGAAAGAGAUGCCCUCAUCCUCAAACACAUUCACUUUGUCUAUCACCCCACCAAGGACACUUGUCCCAGCAACCCCUUUUGUGUAGACACUAAAAUCGAGCAGCUCCUCAGCUCCAGGUGCACUUACCCCUACGACCGCCUUUUUAAAGAUCCCAACGUGGAUCGAAUCAAUUUGGUCAUCCUCGGUAAAGAUGGACUGGCGAGGGAACUGGCCAACGAGAUCCGUGCCCUGUGCACAAACGACGACAAAUACGUGGUCGACGGGAAGAUGUACGAGUUGUCUUUGCGUCCCAUCGAAGGCAACGUGCGACUCCCCGUCAACUCCUUCCAGACCUCAACCUUCAUGCCCCACGGAUGCCUCUGCCUUUACAACUCCAAAGAGUCCCUCUCCUACGUGGUAGAAAGUAUCGAGAAGAGCCGGGAGUCCAGUUUAGGAAGAAAGGACAACCACCUAGUUAACUUAUAUCUAACGUUAAUCCUAGUCAACCGGAGAGGAGACAUGAGCGGAGAGACCGCGCAGAGCCUCAUUCAGCAGGGCAAAGAGAUUGCCGCCAGGCUGCAGUGUGAACUCCUAGACGCAGCGUCCACCGGGUUGGGCUACGGCCGCAACAUCAACGAGAAACAGAUUACCAAGAUCCUUCGUGAUCUUCUGGAAUCCAAACGGAAUCAGAACCUGGUGACCACCACGCCAAGCAUCAAGGAUCUUGUGGAUUGCGAUCUGCGGAUCGUAAUAUGUCUCAUGUGCGGAGAUCUCUUUACCAUGGAGGAUGUGCUGAACGCCCUCAAGCCUCACACUUACCGCCCUUCGCAGUUCGGCGUCGGGCUCUCAGCGUUGCUCGACUUGCACAUAGGUAGUCAGAAGCGCCGCCUGGAGUUGCUCAUCUUGUCCUAUCACGCCUCCUUCAACAUCCGCAAGACACGACUGGUACACGGCUACAUGGUUUUCUAUGCAGCCAAGCGCCGUGCCUCACUGGCCAUGUUGCGUGCCUUUCUGUGUGAAGUGCAGGACAUUGUCCCCCGUCCAGCUGGUGGCUUUGACCGAGGGCUCGCUAACGGUCCUGGACAACGUAACCAGAGACCAGCUGGUGGAAGGAGAGGAGAUCGCACAGGACAUCGAGGGCAAAUUCCUGAUGUUACCCUGCGGCCCGGGGCAAGCCAAGAUGGACAUGUUCUACUAACAAGGAUGUGA